AUGGGCCGCGAAGAGCAGGUGGAAGAGCGCGAGGUGCUCGAGUCCAUUUUCCCCGACGAAAUCACAGACAUAUCCGAGACCGAGUACAGGAUAUCCGUCACGUUAGACCCCCCCAAUGACGCCCCCGACCAAGAACCCCCGCAGUUCUUCCUGCAGGUCCGCUACCCGGCCGACUACCCGGACUCGGCGCCGCACCUCGACAUGAUCGCGCCGCCCAACGCCGCCACGCACCCGGCCUUCAGCGUCGCCGACGACCGCGAGCAACUCCUCGCGGGUCUCACCGACACUAUCCAGGAGAACCUCGGCAUGGCCAUGGUCUUCACCCUCGUCUCCACCCUCAAGGAAGCCGCCGAGCAGCUCAUUCAGGACCGCCGCGACGCCGCCGCCAAGGUCAAGGAGGAGGAGCUCCUCGCCGCCGAGCGCGAGGAGAACAAGAAGUUCCACGGCACCCCUGUCACCCCCGAGACCUUCCUUAAGUGGCGCGAGGACUUUCUCCGCGAGAUGGCCGAGAAGGAGCAGCGCGAAGAGGAGGAGCGCCUCGCCGAGCUGAAGAAGGCAAAGAUCAAGGAGCCCGUCAAGCUCACAGGGAGGCAGCUCUGGGAGCGUGGACUCGCCGGCAAGGUCGACGAGGAUGCCGAGGAGGAAGACGGCAUGCCGACAGAGGGCAUGGAGAAGCUUCAGGUCGAGGCGGCCUGA